AAAUCUUAUGAGCAUAGUUUACUAGGAAGUAGCGAAAAUGAACAAACUCAUUCUGGCGGUCGCAGUGAUUACAGUUGCCAUCGGCACUAGCGAGGCAGUUGUUUUCCAUCGUUUUCGUCGUAGUCCUUCGGCGCGGUGUUGCAACGAUGGAUUCGAGGAUUCCAUCAACCACGAGAAAGUGGUUGCCGUGAGACGUGCCUGUGCCGAGGAGUUGGGACUGAAUGAGAUGUCUGAGGAGCUCUUGAAGAACCGCGAUAAUUUGGUUUGUUUGGUGGAAUGCAUUGCGAAAAAGCACGAACUAGCUGAUGAGAGUGGCGAUUUGCUGCAUGAAGAUCUCGCCAAAGCAGUGAAGGAGCAUUUCAGUGUGGCCGAGUGGAAGGCUCCGCUGUUGGACGACUUUAUCAAGCAGUGUUUCGACCAUGCCGAGGAGGAACAUGAAAAGCACCCAACCGAGGAAGGAAAAUGCAACCCAGAGGGGUUCAACUUUUCCUACUGUCUGUGGAGACACUUUACGCUAGCUUGCCCGGAGGAGCUGCAAGACGACUCGGAACGGUGUGAAUCGAUUCGCGGUAAGCUGAAAAGCGAUGAAGAUGUGGGCUUUUGGAAUAACGACAUCGACGAAACCAAGUGAGAGCUUUUUAGCUCUGAAGUAAUUUCCUCGAAGGCGCUGACGCUGGCUUUUUGUAACGGACCAUAACGCUGUGUAUAGCUUUUAGUUUAGGAGGCAUUAUAAAAUGUGGUUGAUUGCUACUUGAUGAAUAUAUUAUUUCAAACUAAACGGCACAAUCGCAGAAAAAAGUGUGUAUAGUUAAAAUUUUACAAUCUGUAUUUGCUUUUUAGUUAGGUAAUAUUUGACCAUUGAUCUUGGUUCCAAUAUAAGGCUAAUAUAAGCCUGUCUUUAUAUUAUUAUUUCCGCCAAUGUUUAAUAAUUGAGAAAAAAAUAUGCUUUAUGCGACUCUUGUUCAAAUUGUUUCAGCGUGACAUCUGGUUUAUUGCUAAUCAUGUUUGAUCAAAGUGAUAUAAGACAUACCUAUUGCUACUACCCUAUUCGCGUUAAAACGCGAGAUAUUCUGUAUGU